AUGAGGCACAAUCAGAUGUGUUGUGAGACACCACCUACUGUCACUGUUUAUGUAAAAUCAGGGUCAAAUAGAUCACAUCAGCCUAAAAAGCCCAUUACUAUGAAGCGUCCUAUUUUUAAAGAUAAUUGGCAAGCAUUUGAAAAAAAUACACAUAAUAGCAACAAAUCUAAAAGCCCCAAAGGACCUUGUCUGGUUAUACAGCGUCAGGAUAUGACUGCUUUCUUUAAAUUAUUUGAUGACGAUUUAAUUCAAGAUUUCUUGUGGAUGGACUGCUGCUGUAAAAUUGCAGACAAGUAUCUUUUGGCUAUGACCUUUGUUUAUUUCAAGAGGGCUAAAUUUACUAUAAGUGAGCAUACCAGGAUAAAUUUCUUUAUUGCUCUGUAUCUGGCUAAUACAGUUGAAGAAGAUAAAGAAGAAACCAAGUAUGAAAUUUUUCCAUGGGCUUUAGGGAAAAACUGGAGAAAAUUGUUCCCUAAUUUCUUAAAGUUAAGGGACCAGCUCUGGGACAGAAUUGACUAUAGGGCUAUUGUAAGCAGGCGAUGUUGUGAGGAGGUUAUGGCCAUUGCACCAACCCAUUAUAUCUGGCAAAGAGAACGCUCUGUUCAUCACAGUGGAGCUGUCAGAAACUACAACAGAGAUGAAGUUCAGCUGCCCCGGGGACCUAGUGCCACACCAGUAGAUUGUUCACUCUGUGGUAAAAAAAGAAGAUAUGUUAGACUGGGAUUGUCUUCAUCAUCAUCUUUAUCCAGUCAUACAUCAGGGGUGACAGAAAAACAUUCUCAGGAGUCAUACAACUCACUGUCAAUGGACAAAAUAGGUGAUCCUUCUCAAGUUUAUACCAGUUCUCAAGUAGUCAAUGACCAUCAAUCAAAUAAAGGAAAGAAAACUAAUUUUUUGAAGAAAGACACAUCUAUGGAGUGGUUCACAGGAAGCGAAGAAUGAGAUGGCCCAACUAAACCAAUUUGGAAUCAUUAACUACAAAACGUCAAACCAACUGCAAGACAAGUGUCAAAAUGGGACGUUUAAGCAGUUUUGCCAUGUUAUACAUCUUUUAUUUUAUUUAUUUUCAAAAUUAUAUGUAAAAGUUAUAUAAGUCACAGUAAUAGCUAAAAAUGCCAAUCUAUGAAAGUAGUGAUUUUCAAUAUAAAGUUCUAUUUUGAUAUUUUUCCAUCUUCAAGUCAGUUGCUGUCAUCUGGAGUACUCAGUUGUGGUUUGACCUUCCUCAACUUGACAAGAAAAGCUAAUUUAAGAGAAGAAAAACAUAAAGUCAUUAUAUUAAUUAGAAGAAAAAACACCAUUUAAUAUGUUCUGAAAACAUUACUCACCUGUAUGACCAUGUUGCCAGUGUACUGGUCUAGCAACAUAGGGAAAUGAUCCAUAUGGAAAAUCAGAAUGUGAUUCUUCUGUUGUAAAAAAUAUAUGUACUAUAAGCUACAUAAAAUAUUUUCUAAUUUUUUCACAAAACUGUUAAAAUAUGAGUUACUCUAAGUUUUUUCUCCUUUUUUUCCUUGUGUUUGUUUUAGAGCUACUCUGCCAGUUAUUAUACAGAAAUGAUUUGUCAAUGAUUAUAUAAUAAACGUGAUUUUAUAACCAAA